GAGCAAGACCACAAAGAAAUCGCGGAUUGGGAUGUCUGGUGGCUGUGUCAUACGUUCUUAGCAGGGAUCGCGGUUUCCCCAUAUGACUCUUGGGAGCAAUCGCACGAGCUGCAGGAGGCCAAGCAGUACGCCACGUCGAUCGAGAAGUGUCUUUGCCUCAAGCGUGCAGGAUACUGCGAGCUAGGACAUGCUAUGAAAAAGGAUGGACUGUUCUGCAAUGCGAGAUCCAAAUGCUGUUGUCGCCAUGGACAGAAUCAGUUCUUUCCUUUGAUCUGUGAAGACAAGACUGAGCUUGAGGGGAUGUCCGGGGAGCAUGGCUUCGUAUCGUGUAUCGAGCGAUCUCUUUGCAUUCUUGGCACUUGCAGUCUUGUUCCGAAGAAGUUUUUUGUCGAGUGCUGCGGAUCUCGCGUGAUGGGAUCGCCGAAAGAGGCUCAAGCGCUCCCUCAGAACGAACCUCAGCCUGAGGCUCAGCCUGAGGCCAACGCCACAGUGACUUUUGGCGGGGCGUCAUUCGGACAUGCUGGCAAUCGCGCCAUGGAAGGUGAGAUCUGAGAGGAAGAGCCUGUGGGCAAGACCUGGAG